CCCCUCCGCCUCCGCCCUCCUCCUCGGUCUCCAGCCGCCAGCCAACCGCGCGGCCGCUUGUUGAGCCCGGGCUCCUCCGUCUCCAUGACGCCCGGCAAACAUUCCCGAGCCUCAGCCGGAGCCGCUAACGCCGGGGGUUGGGGUACAGGCACGCCAGAAGCAGCUAGGGAAGGGGGUGGCCGACCACUCCACAGCCUGUCGCCACCAUGCCCAUCUCUCCAGUAAACAGCCGCAAGCAGCAGAACCUCUGGUUGAGCGUUGGCCCACAGCCAAAGAAAUCUAUUAGCUUUACUAACACAGUAAAAGGAGGUCAAACAAAAGGAUAUGUUGGUGCAAACCAAAGCAGAAUGGCUAUGUCAAAAACCUUGACGGUUCUACCUGAGAUAAAAACAGAAAAAAUGAAUAUUUCUACCCCAAGGACAGUCAUACAGGUAAUUAAUGCACUUGGAGUUGAUGUUACUCCCCGACCUCUUUACCAUCAAGACACACAUAUGGGUGCAGCAAAGCCAAAUAAAUUAUUGACAUCACAAGAAGGAUCAUAUGCAUCAGAAUAUAUAUCUUCCUAUAGCCUGUAUCAGAAUACAAUAAAUCCUAGUAUGUUAGGGCAGUUUACAAGGUCAGUUUUAGGAAGCAGUACAGUUUCUAAAUCAAGUGUAUCUACUACUGAAUCAAUAGCAGAAGACCUAGAAGAACCAUCCUAUAAACGGGAAAAACUGAGUAGUUUUACAGACUUACGAGUUGUGAGGGCAACACCUGAGAAAAUUGUAACAAAAGAAGACCUACAAAAGAUGAUAGAGAUAACACUCACAGAGACGGAAACACUGAGAUUUUUUAACCUACCAACAGUCAUGGUUUCUGUGGAAUCUGAAGAAGCUGAGAAGGUCAUUCGGAGAAACAAGAAUUAUGAGACCCUUUGUAGAAAUAGAUUAGGCAAUGACUUAUAUGUUGAAAGGAUGAUGCAGACUAUUAAUGGAGCUCCAAAGAACAAAGAGGUUCAAUGUGACAAAAUCGUAAAGGAAGACAAAGGUGUAAUGUCCAGUACUUGGGAUUUGUAUGAUUCUUAUAAUGCUAUUGAGCUUUCAUCUUUACCAGCAAAACAAUCUAUGCUUGAAUCAAGCAGUAAAGCAAUUGUACCUUCUAAAGAUCGAGAACAAAGAGUACCAGGGAGUACUAUAGACAAAAAUAGUGAAGCUAGUUCUUUAAUGGAUAUAGAAAAUGUAAUUCUGACUAAAAUCCAUGAUGAUGAAGAAGAUCACUCAGAGUCAAUAAUGAAAUCUGACAAGUUUCGUCAGGAUUUAUUUUUUAUGGAACGAGUUCUAAUGGAAAAUUUAUUUCAGACUAAACUUGCAGCUUAUCGUCAGCUUCCUAUUUUAAAAGAACCAGAACCUGAAGAACCUGAAGACUUUUUAGAAGGUGAAAAACUUGAACAAGAGACAGAGGAAGAGGUUAAGAAGGAAGAGGAAGAAGAAAUAGAAAUAGGUACAGAACAGUCAACAAUACCAGCCAAUUUGGAACGACUUUGGUCCUUUUCCUGUGACUUAACCAAAGGUCUUAAUGUGAGCAGCCUUGCCUGGAAUAAAACAAAUCCUGAUCUUUUGGCUGUUGGCUAUGGGCACUUUGGAUUUAAAGAGCAAAAAAGAGGAUUGGCUUGCUGCUGGUCAAUAAAGAAUCCUAUGUGGCCAGAACGCAUUUAUCAGAGUCCAUAUGGAGUGACUGCUGUGGAUUUCUCAAUUGGAGCACCUAAUCUGUUAGCAGUUGGCUAUCACAAUGGCACCAUUGCCAUUUAUAAUGUGCAGAGCAACAGUAAUGUUCCGGUUCUGGAUAGUAGUGAAUCACCUCAAAAACAUUUGGGACCUGUAUGGCAACUACAAUGGAUAGAACAAGAUCGAGGGACAACAGGUGAUGACAAAAGAGAAAUACUCGUUUCUAUAUCAGCAGAUGGAAGAAUCUCCAAAUGGGUUAUACGGAAAGGACUAGACUGUCAUGAUUUGAUGCGUUUGAGGCGAACUACUGCUAGCAGCAGCAAAAAGGGAGGGGAAAAGGAAAAAAAAGGUGAAGCUCUGAUAUCUCGACAGGCUCCUGGAAUGUGUUUUGCUUUUCAUCCUAAGGAUACAAAUAUCUAUUUGGCUGGCACUGAAGAAGGUCAUAUUCACAAAUGCUCUUGUUCGUAUAAUGAACAAUACCUUGAUACCUACAGAGGACAUAAGGGCCCAGUGUAUAAAAUAGCAUGGAAUCCAUUUUGUCAUGAUGUAUUCUUAAGCUGUUCUGCAGAUUGGAGUGUUAUUAUAUGGCAACAGGAGAACACCACACCAUUUUUGAGCUUUUAUCCAACCACUUAUGUUGUUUACGAUGUUGCCUGGUCUCCAAAAUCCUCCUAUAUAUUUGCAGCUGCAAAUGAGAGCAGAGUGGAGAUUUGGGACCUUCAUGUCAGCACUUUGGAUCCUCUCAUUGUGAAUGUUGCUAACCCUGGAAUCAAGUUCACAACUGUUCUCUUUGCCAAACAAACAGAUUGCCUUCUAGUGGGUGACAGUGAUGGACAGGUUGCUGUGUAUGAGCUAAGAAAUAUGCCCUCUGCUUUGGAUUCUGGCCGGGGAGAUAUAAUAGAUACUUUGCUUGGACCCAAGUCAAACCAACAAGGAUAAUUCAUCAUUACUAAUAUUUUCUCUUGUUGAUGUUUAAAGAAAAAGAAACAGUAUUUAAUGUCCAGUAAUCCAAUUUGUAUGCAGUAAGCUGGGAUUUUGAUGUUAGAAAAUGAUAUUUGAUGUAUAACCUCUAUUUUAACUUAACAAAUUUAAUAAACUUUUAUUUCAGAGAUA